UCGGAACAGAGUUGCAAGCUGCACUAUAAAUAGAGUCCCCUCUGAGCCUUGAGACCUCAAGCUUCUUCACAACAGACUCUGAGCUCAAGUCUUGUAAUAAUCUCCAGAACCAACAUAAGUAUUUGAUAAUCUUGUAUCUGAGAAAUGGCUUUGGUGACAAUGCUAGGGGCCGAAUAUCCAGUGGUGAUAUUCAGCAAAAGCUCAUGUUGCAUGUCACACAGCAUCAAGACACUGAUAUCCAGCUUUGGUGCAAAUCCAGUGGUUUACGAGCUCGAUGAACAGGUGAAUGGGCAACAGAUGGAAAGAGAACUGAAGGCAUUAGGGCGCAAGCCGGUCAUACCAGCUGUUUUCAUAGGGAAGGAGCUCAUUGGCGGUCCUAAUGAGGUCAUGAGUCUCCAUGUCAAGGGAAAGCUAGUGCCAUUGCUCUUGCAGGCUAAAGCGAUAUGGCUGUAAAGGAACUAAUUAAUUUUAGUACCAUGAUUAAUCUCUGGUUAAUAGUGUCAGCUCACUGUUUAUCAGGAGCUUCGGCCUUUUUUGUAAAAUUUUACAUGCACGUGUUUAACUGCGAGGACAAUCAACCUAUUAUGUAUGAGGUCUAUCUAUGUUAAUGUAAAACCUUUAUCUUAUAUAUGAAAAGA